AUGGUGCGCCCGGAACUAGGGCAAGUUGUGGCCUGGUAUGUCUGCACAGUGGCGGCAUGCAUCUUCCUGAUCUGUCGCCUUGUCGUCCGCCUGGGGCUCCUGAAGCGGCUUUACCUCGACGACCUGUUCGUUGUUCUGGCUGCCUUGUGUCUUAUCGGCGAUCUGGCAAUCCAACAUUAUAUGUUCAACCAGGGCAUGUCCGAAAUGGCGAAUACAACCUUGGAUGAGAAGAUUAAUAUGAUGAAGAUGAUCAUCCCGGGCUCCACAUUAUACGUCACUGCGCUGUGGUUGAUCAAGUCUAGCAUGGUGAUCUUCUACAAGCGCCUCGCAGAUCGCACCCGGUAUCAGAUUGUGUAUAACAUCACACUUGGUCUCCUGGCUGCGACCUGGCUGGUGCUGUUUUUUGAUAUUGUUUUCAAGUGCUAUCCACCCCAGCGGCAGUGGGAGGGGCUUACAAAUCCUGAGUUGACAUGUCCCCAAGGACCGUCCACAGUCAAUUACUGGCUCACGAUACUCUUCAACAUCUUCAGUGAUGUCUUCAUCAUAUGCCUCCCCAUUUCGCAAGUUGUGCGACUCAAGAUGCCCAGGAAACAAAAAUGGGGUGUCAUCUCCGUUUUCCUCCUGGGUGGCCUUGUGGUCAUCUCUAGCAUUAUUCGAGCAAUCUACUCCCACCGCAACGAACAAAUGAUCACUUGCACCGUCUCCAUGGUCGAAACCGCCAUCGCCAUCAUCGCUUCUUGUCUCCCCGUCCUCCGCACCCUGGUAUUCGGCUCACACUCUCGUACGGGAACCUAUAGCGGCCGCCGUGGUUACGAGCUCUCACACUCUGGCGUGCACACCGGCGCACAGUCCGGCAAGCAAAAUACCUCCGUCUCCGUCUCACAAAGUCACGUCGACCGCGGCGCAGAUGAUCUUUCGUGCCAUGACUCCGAGGAUGGAUUGGUGAAGGAUACGGCACCGGCUUCUGGGCCGGGGAUUGCCGUCAGACAUGAAUAUUUCGUGCAUGAGGAUCGUACAUAA